AUGUAUAAAUUGCAUCUUUUAAAGGACCAGCCAGAAGUACUGCCGCACACAAAGGAGCAGGCGAUUUCUGCGUGUAAGACAAUGACCAGAAUUCGGCAUAUGGAACUUAUACUGCACGAUUUGUAUAAGGAUAAAAAGAUCCGAGGAUUUUGUCAUCUCGCAAUGGGGCAGGAAGCUAUCUCUGCAGGGAUUGAGCUGAUUCUUGAUCCUAAAGAUGUUUUAAUCACGAGUUAUAGGUGUCACCCGUUUGCACUUAUCUCAGGAAUAGAUGCAAAAGAAAUAGUCUGCGAACAAGUUGGGUCUAUAGACGGAUGCGCGCGCGGAAAGGGAGGAUCAAUGCAUCUCUAUGGGGACAGGUUCUUUGGCGGGCAUGGGAUUGUUGGUGCGCAGGUACCUCUUGGUCUGGGCAUUGCUUUUGCAGAGAAGUAUCGCGCAGUAAGAAACAAUCCGCUCUCUAAAAAACAAACAGCUAAUGAAAAAGUAGUUGGUGAGUGGACAAAUAAUAUUUGGAAUGUGUUUGAGUGCAAGAACGUAACAAUUGCUGCAUUUGGUGAUGGUGCAUCAAACCAAGGCCAGGUGUACGAGUCUCUUAAUAUGGCAGCACUGUGGAAGCUGCCAAUUAUCUUCCUGUGUGAGAAUAACCAGUACGGAAUGGGUACUCCCGUGUGCAGAGCAAGUGCAUCAACAACCAUAUACGACAGAUUCUCUUUUGUGCCAGGAAUUCUUUUGGACAGCACUGAUGUAUUUACUGUUGCAGGCGCAUUUAAGUAUGCAAAAGAACACGCCCUGACAAAAGGACCCAUCAUUAUAGAAUGCUCUACAUACAGGUAUAACAAUCACUCUAUGACAGAUGCAUUCACAGGAUAUAGAAGUUCAACAGAGGUAGAUGAAAAGAGCAAGAAUGACUCAAUUGAAUGGAUUAAGCAGUACAUUGGCCCAGAUGCAGAUAAAAUAGUAGAUGAACUUAAUGAAUCAGCUAAAAGUGAAAUGAGUAAAAUCAAAGCCAUCUCCAUUGACUCUCCCAGGUGCACAGCAGCCGAUCUGUAUACGGACAUUCUUCUUUGA